AUGUCUUCAAGUUCAGAGAAAGAGAACUCAACGACGCCAGAAACGGACUCUAGAGCUGCUCCAAUUGCCGGACCCGCCGGAAACGAUGUGACGAGCAGCGACCGCAAUGGUAUGGCGAUCCUGAAUCCUUGGCCCCCACUUCACAAUUGUGUCAAGGGUCAGAGAACCUGCGUUUAUGCGCCCCCGAAGAUUCCAUUGAGAGAACGAAGGGCGCAGCAGAAGGAGGCUCGUCCGUGGGAUCAAACGCCCUGGGAGAUUGAGCAGCCGUCAAAGCCUAAGGAGAUGACUUGCUUGAGGAAGACCAAUGUUCCUCCUCGAUUAAGUCGCCUGAAUCAUGAUACAGGGUUUAACAGGCUGGCUGUUGCCAUGCCGCUCAAAUCUCACGAGUUGUUUCAAUACUUGUUUGAAUCAAGCCGGACACUGAGGACGACACAGAAGGUGCCUGGUACUGAAUAUCUCGCGCGUAUGAUAGAUAACCCAUGUGGACUCCGAAGUGCCAUCCUCAUGGCUGGCAUGCAUUUCUCUUUCCAAUUCGGCGACCUCGCUAUAUUCGAGUCCACCUUCUUAUAUCACAAAGUUGAGGUCAUGCGUGUCAUCAAUCGUUGGAUCGCAUCAGGAGACUAUAAACUCGAAGCUGCGAUUAUUAGAGAAAUGGCCACCUUGGCUUUCACAGAGGCGUGUCAUGGAGAGCUCGUUGCCGCCGAGACUCACAUAAGUGGCAUUCUGGCGCUCAUUGAAACUGCCCGACCUGAUAAAGGUGAUCCGACGCGUUCUGAUUGUUGUUCCACUGAUCGAGAACUGGCAAAUCGUUACUUCGUCAUGUCGUAUGUAUACAUUACGGGCCUCAAGAGUUUACUCAGCGGCGUUUGUCGAACUGGUGGCCACGGCAGCAGUCUCGAUGCUGUACCAGGUCGAGAUCUUCUCAAGCUAUCGCAUACAUGGCACAUGAGCGAAGCUAUGGAGAAUCUUGAUCUCAAACUACAGGCUAUUCGUCUCUUCCCAUUUUUCUUCAGCCCACUGCCGCAGGGAGCACGGCUCAACAACGCAGACGCACAAGUUAUCAUCAACUCUAUACGGGACUUCACGGCUGCGCAGGAUCGCAUAUUUAAAGAUACAGGUAGAGAAACAGCAGAUGGAAAAUUUGAUGGCUUCUGGCGGAGGGGUCCGGCGUCAAGGGUUUUAGGAGAAUAUGUCACGGCACACAUCGAAUCUAUAUCGGUGCCUGGAAAGAAGGAGGAGACUCCGGAUAUGACCCCAUCGUCAUUCGUCGGGCCAUGGUGCGGAUUGACUAUCGCCUCUAUUUUCUAUAUGCAAGAUGUUCUCGGCGCAUUGGAAUAUGUCGACAAGCGCAUUCACAAAUACGCGGUUACUUUGCUGCGACACGAUGUAGCAAAGGUUCUCAACCAGGUAGGCACCUCGAAGAACGAAGCAUUUAUACUAUGGCAGACAUUAGUCGGGCUCAUAGCUUCUUUGCGCGCCCUGAAACACAACGAGCAAGAUAGAGGAUUGUUGUCAGCCAGACAGUUCUUUAUGGAUGCUUUGAAGCAGCAAGCAACGACUUUUGGUAUCGCCACUUGGCCGCAAGCAAAGGGGACGUUACGAAGGGUAGCAUGGCCAAUGGGGACUGCUGGUCGAGAAUUUAUAGAGGAGCUUUGGGAAAAGAGUGUUACGAAUAGAGCUUAA